AUAACACGACCGAACGUGCCAUUUUAAUUGUGCAUUCCAAUAUUCCUAAGCAAAGAUCAGAUUAUUGGAAAGUCACUUAAUUUCACAAGCUGAAAUCAAUUUUACUUUGCUUACUCGCAUGAGAGUUCUGCUAUCCUGCAAAUAGUGGGCUUACGACUUCCCGGGUUCAUUCUAAAUUUGUCUCCUUCUUCUUGCAUCACCCUCCACAAUGUUUACGUUCAAUGACAAGGUUUGUCGCCUAUGCUUACUGUCUGAUUCAUCACAGUUGUUGAACAUAGAUGACGGCGAAAAAGGCAACUCAAUAUCCUCCAAAAUCUAUUUCACCCUUAAAUGUAAGAUUUCUAAAUCUGACAAUCUUCCGAAGUAUAUUUGUAGGGAAUGUGUUUCAACAAUUGAGUUCAUAACUGCCUAUAAUACUUGGCUUCACGAAAUAGUAAAUCAAGCAACCAGUGUUCAAUAUCUUUUGGAGUCAUGCAAUACUGAUCAAAGUGCCCAACAAUCUCUUAUAUCUAAAUCAAAUGAAAGAAACCAUCCAAAAUCAAGACAAUCAACUCUUUCGACGCAGCUCCAGUCAAACACCUCAGACUACCCAUGCUUUUACAGUUCAUUGAUGGAAAAGAUAUUUUUAAAGAUACAGAACAAUCAGUCAGAUAUUACCAUCAAACUAACUUCUUCCUCUGAGCAGAAGCAAACAAUUGGCCAAACCAACAGCCUUCGUAUGACAGAGUCAAGUGCAAGUUACUGUAUCAAUAAGAACUUGAAGGAAACUCCAAAUAACGAAGCCAAGAAAACUUGUAAUACACCUUGCAAUGAGAUUGAUGAUUAUUCAUUUAAUAAUUCUAUUUGUGAGCAAAACCCAAGUAGUGAGGACUAUUCUGCUACAGAAAAUUUACCUGACACAAAGUUUGAUUUGCUCACAAGUGGCAAAGAGUUGGCAUGUCCCGAGUGUAAGAAAGUGUUCACAAAACGAAGUCUUCUUAUGAGACAUUUGAUGUCCCAUAGAGGUGCAAUUGAAAAGUAUCAAUGUCAGAUUUGUAGGAGGAAAUUUAUUUCGACCUCUGAAGUACAAAGACACACAAGAGCACACAUGGGUCUAAAGCCCUACAAAUGUAAAUUAUGCUUCAGAUAUUUCAGUCAGAAGAAUCUUCUUGAUAACCACAUGGAUUGGCAUGAAGGAAAAAAGAGUCAUUUGUGUGAAAUUUGUGGUAAGUCUCUUUCAAGUCGACCCAACUUAAAAACACACAUAGAGAACUUCCAUUCCUUGGAGAGAAAAAAACUCUUCAAUUGCGAAGAAUGUGGAAAAUCAUUUUCCCGCAAACAUCACUUAGAAAAUCAUAGCACAGUUCAUGUGCCAGUUCGACCUUAUCAGUGCACAAUAUGUGGUUUGACUUUUAAAAGAUCUUCCCAGCUCCAAGAGCAUGAAAUUGUGCACACAGGAAAAAAGCAGUAUGACUGUACUGUGUGUAAAAAGGCUUUCAGAACAAAGAGAGUACUCAAUGUCCACAAAUUAUUGCACUCUGGUUUGAAACCACACCGGUGCACUGUUUGUUCACAAACAUUCGUUCGAAAAGGUGGAUUAACAGUCCAUAUGAAGACCCAUUCAAAGUAGGACCUUCUGCAGCAUACACUUUACUCUUUGCUGCAUUAGAACAUAUCACAGUCAAGGAAUUAAUUUGUGAGAGCUGUUAUGAGAUCAUGGAGUGUAAGCAGGAUUUUCUAUGCCUGCUGAUGUAGCAUGGAGCGUUUUCUUCAUUUCACCAUCAAACAUAUCAUCUGUUAAAAAUAAAAAAAAAAUUCAGAAA